CGGAAGAAAAGCUGAGAGUUCCCUCCAACACCCGAGCCGCCUGCGGUCCCCUUUAAGAACCGACCCCGGCGGGACUACAUUUCCCAGAAGGCUUUGCCUGCACGUUAUGUAACUUUCCCUGCGAAGCGGCCUCUGGGGCAGAAGGAGGUGGAGGCGGCGGUGGCCGUUGCAGUGGUGGCGGCGGGAGCGGCGGGAGCCCGAGGCGGCGGCGCCCGCGGCCCAUCGCCGGCCCCGAGCUGUGCGCCUCGGCUCGGAGCCUGGACCGGGCGGGGGCGCCGACGUGCAUCUGCCUUCCUUUUCAAGGAGGCGGGAGUGAGGAAAAAGGCUUAGGGCCCAGGGGGCGGGGAAGGGGGGCCGGGCCUGGAUCCGCGGGAGGCCGAGCCGGAGGCCCGACUGUGGCUCGCGCUUUCCUGGAGACACAAAUCGAACAUCGACGGUGCGAAUCGAACGUCGGCGGCGGGUGAAACGCGGGGGCCUUUCGGCGCGCGCGUAGGGGCCAUGGCGUCGGUGCAGGCGUCCCGCCGCCAGUGGUGCUACCUGUGCGAUCUGCCCAAGAUGCCGUGGGCCAUGGUAUGGGACUUCAGUGAGGCCGUGUGCCGCGGAUGCGUGAACUUUGAGGGCGCGGAUCGCAUCGAGCUGCUCAUCGACGCUGCCCGCCAGCUCAAACGCAGCCACGUGCUCCCCGAGGGCCGCUCGCCGGGACCCCCGGCCCUCAAGCAUCAGGCCACCAAGGACCUGGCUGCUGCUACUGCACAGGGGCCCCAGCUGCCACCUCCGCAGGCACAGCCGCAGCCUUCAGGGACUGGCAGCGGUGUCUCGGGCCAGGACCGCUAUGACAGGGCCACAUCAUCCAGCCGCCUCCCCCUGCCCUCACCUGCCCUGGAGUAUACCCUGGGGUCCCGCCUGGCCAAUGGGCUGAGCCGUGAGGAUGCAGUGGUGGAGGGGGCGAGAAGGGCCCUCCUUGGCUCCAUGCCUGGCUUGGUGCCCCCCGGGCUACUGGCAGCUGCAGUGUCUGGCCUGGGAAGCCGAGGUCUGACGCUGGCACCCGGCUUGAGUCCUCGUCCGAUCUUCAGCUCUGAUUUCGAGAAAGAGAAGCAGCAGAGGAAUGCAGACUGUCUGGCAGAACUGAAUGAGGCCAUGCGGGGCAGGGCAGAGGAGUGGCAUGGGCGCCCCAAAGCAGUGCGGGAACAGCUGCUGGCGCUGUCCGCCUGCGCCCCCUUCAAUGUUCGCUUCAAGAAGGAUCAUGGACUGGUGGGGCGGGUAUUCGCCUUCGAUGCUACUGCCCGCCCUCCAGGCUACGAGUUUGAGCUGAAGCUCUUCACCGAAUAUCCCUGUGGUUCUGGCAACGUGUACGCAGGAGUCCUGGCCGUGGCUCGCCAGAUGUUUCAUGAUGCUCUGCGGGAGCCGGGCAAGGCACUGGCCUCAUCAGGCUUCAAGUACCUCGAAUACGAACGCCGACACGGCUCAGGGGAAUGGCGCCAGCUGGGGGAGCUGCUAACCGAUGGUGUCCGAAGCUUCCGAGAGCCAGCUCCUGCUGAGGCCCUGCCCCAGCAGUACCCAGAGCCAGCUCCUGCAGCUCUGUGUGGCCCACCCCCGAGGGCCCCAUCCAGGAACCUGGCGCCCGCAGCACGCCGUCGCAAAGCAUCCCCUGAGCCUGAGGGUGAGGCAGCUGGGAAGAUGACCACCGAGGAGCAGCAGCAGCAGCAGCAGCAGCGACACUGGGUAGCACCUGGUGGCCCAUACUCUGCCGAGACCCCUGGUGUGCCCUCACCCAUUGCUGCCCUGAAGAACGUGGCUGAAGCCCUGGGCCACUCCCCCAAGGACCCUGGUGGGGGUGGGGGCCCUGGCCGAGCAGGGGGUGCCAGCCCAGCAGCAUCCACGGCCCAGCCUGCAGCCCAGCAUCGCCUCGUGGCCCGCAAUGGUGAGGCUGAAGUCAGCCCCACCGCCGGGGCAGAAGCGGUUAGCGGGGGUGGUGGCAGCACUGGGGCAACCCCUGGGGCCCCCCUGUGCUGUACCCUAUGCCGGGAGCGGCUGGAAGACACCCACUUCGUCCAGUGCCCCUCAGUGCCCGGACACAAGUUCUGCUUUCCCUGCUCGCGAGAGUUCAUCAAGGCGCAGGGCCCUGCUGGUGAGGUGUACUGCCCCAGUGGAGACAAGUGCCCGCUGGUGGGCUCCUCCGUCCCCUGGGCUUUCAUGCAGGGUGAGAUCGCCACCAUCCUUGCUGGAGACAUCAAGGUUAAGAAAGAGCGAGACCCCUAGACCGCCACUGCUACAAGUCUACUGCCCCCAUCCCCUUGUCACCCACCGCUGCUGCGGAUAAAUUAUUCCCUCCCCCACCCAGCCCAGUGCCACCCCACCUGUGUACAUAAUCCCUCCCUCAUCCCAGACAGGUCCCCUGGGGUAAACACAUUGAGGGUGGGGGGGAGAAAGCUCGUGGCUUCUGUGAGGGCGUGUUUGGGGUCCCUUGGCCCCUCCAAUUUCCCUCUCCCCUCCUUGGCUUGGCUUUGCUGCUGCUGGUAGUUGGGGGAGAGGUGCCUCCUUCCUCCUUUCGAAGGGGCCUCCUGGAAAUUCGCUCUUUAUAAAUGAAGCAAAAGCAUUUUAUUGCUCCCCUUCCCUGCCCCCUUUUCCUCCUUCAAUAAAUUGAAAGAUGGGGUUUUUUUCUU